CCGCUUUGACAAAUAAAAAAAGCAGAAGCAAAAAACUUGUGAAAAGCAAUAUGUCAAUACGGAGAUUUUUCGUAAACAAUCGGAUGAAAUUUUAAAUUUCCGGGUGCUUUCCGGCCUAGAUGGAGGUGAAAAUGCAGCACAACUCCCGGGCGCACUUGUUCCAGAUACAGGUUAAAUCCCUGAUCAAAACGCUGAAAUGUCUGCAAUCGGACGAUAAAUACCAGGCGCUACUGUUUCUCAUUUCGACCAUUAAGCUGUACGUGAAGCUUUUGUACAACGACAGCCAGGAGCGAAUUUACAAGCCGUCAAUACUCAAAGAGUUGAACAACAUCCAGAAUGUGAUUAUUGCCAAUCUGUUAAAGUCGCGAAGUGCAGCUGGGUUAGCUUCGUCGUCUUCUUCGUUGGUUCCCUGCGGGGGUGGUGGUGGUGAAUUGCGGACCAGCAUCCGGAACGAUAAACCCGGAGUGAACGGCAGUGAUGGAAUUUUACUCAUCCAUCCCAAAUCGCGGACACUGCUUUCUCUCGCUCCCUACGAGAUGCGGGGGAAAUUGCUGCGCGGGGGACUCUUCGAGGGCAUUCCCCUGUCUGGAGCGGUCAAGUUCAAACGUAGGCCUCGGGUUGGGAUCAUCGGCGAUAUCGGCCGGAUCAGAUUGAACCGUUCCAUCGUCCGGAUGAUUGCUUCCCGCAACUUCAAGCUACUGUUCAACAUGUUCGAGCAGAGCGUAUUCCCUACGUGGAGAAUAUUCAAAGAGGAACGUCCCAUUCGGGGUCGCAACCGGCCCACAAUGCCCUCGAUUUGCUACAGUGGGGGCUCCUCCCACUCGCCCCCGGCUGCCUACAUCAAGAAGGAAGAUUUCGACUUCGACGCCCCUUACUCCCUCUCAGCCGGGGACGAUCCUUGCUUCGAGGAACUGAAGGACGACGACGACGAUGAUGACCAUCUGAUGAUGCUGAAGGAUGAGGAAGACGACCUCGAUGACGACGAGGACGAGGACGUGGAUGAUGAUUCUAUUUCCAACGAGAUCUAUUCGGAGGAAUCGUCUACGAACAAUACGUCGCUGAUGUUGUCCUCGGAUACCAACACGCUCGACACCAACGAUUCCAACAUGCUGUCGGGCGAGAGGCUCAAGGAGCAGGUUUACCAGUGCUUGCUGUGCGAUAAGAGCUACCGCAAACGAAAAUCGCUCGUGAUUCACUUCAGUAACCAUCCGGGAUUUUGUCCAGAUUGCGGAAAGCAGCGCGGCGUGUCUUCAGAGGACAUAAUUGAACACAACAGAGUCUACCAUAAGAACAGGCCACAUAUUUGUGAACAUUGUGGCGAAACAUUUACUCGCAAUCAACAGUAUCAAGUCCACGUGCAGGGCCACUUCAUCAGCAAGGCACGAAUUCAAGAGCAGAACUGUAAAAAAACCUACAAGUAUAGCUGUCGUUCGUGCGGUAUCGUUUUCAACAAUCAAAAGUAUUUGGAGAAGCACAUUCAGAAGAGUGGUCAUCAAGCCGAAGAUGUGGUUUGCGGAACUUGUGGUGCAAUAUUCUUAUCCGAUGUCAAACUUAAGCAGCAUAUAGCCAGGACUCAUAACAAUGAAAAGCGAUUCACGUGCGAACACUGUGCUAAAGUAUUUAAUCAGAAGGCGAAUCUCGAUCGACACAUGUUGCUACACACGAACAUUGUUGAGAAGACCUAUCCCUGUGACAAAUGCAGUGCCUCGUUCCUCUCGUUGGCUUUGCUGAAGGAGCACAUGAAGCUCUCCCAUACAGCGGAUGACAAAUUCGAGUGUAACAUUUGUCACAAGCUGUUCGCUGCAAAACGGUCCCUCAAGCGUCAUAAGCUAUGCCACUCUGAGGAACGUCCCUUCCCCUGUACUGUCGAAAAUUGUAAGGAGGCCUACAAGAAUCAAUCUCACCUGGCUCGUCAUAUGAAGACGGCACACCACAUUGACCCUCCAUCCAAACGUAAAGGAUUGCAGAAGGAACCGGACUUCGUUCCGUUGGACCCGAUCGGAACCGGUGAUUCCUCUGCGAGCAAAAACAACCCAAUGAAGAAACCAGUGAUCGCCGGCAGUGAUAAGUCCAUCGGCGACAGCAGCACCAAUUUCAGUGAUAACCUAUCCACGUUCAACUAUGACUACGUUGAAUCCGUUCCGGCCAGCGCAGGCGUAGAUCCGAGUCAACAGCAGCAGCAGCAACGAAUACACAUGAUCGGUCCACCGGGGGGUCCCCGAAUGGGUGGUAUACCGAGUUCGACGGUUGGUUUCAACGAUCCUAGCCAAGGGUAUGGCCGGGCCUCCAACGAUCAGUUCGAAUGGCAGAACAUGGAGUUCGGUGGUGGGCCCGCAUCAUCACAGCAAACGAUGGCCAUGGAUCCACUAGGUCAGGGUUACAUGGAAGGGGUUCAUACAACGGGUUACAUGACGGGAGCGUUGCCGGGCAUGAGACCAUAUUCGGAUCCGAAUCUCAUUUGUGAGCACUGCGAUGAAACCAAUUUCUUGAACAGCCAGCAGCUGCAAAUCCACAUUCAGGACCAUUUCUCAACAAAAGAUAGCAAAGACGCUCCCGGGAAAAAAUUAUUAAGAUUACAUUGUAAAACCUGCAACUUGGUGUUUGCCACGGGGGCCCAGCUGGAUCGUCAUAUUCAAAAAACCAACCACCACACCGACAGUGUCGGUUGUGAUCUCUGUAGUGCAAUAUUCAACUCUAAUCUCAAAGUUUAUCAGCACAUGCUCAAAUGCCACAAAAAUGAAACGUGGUACGCAUGUGAGCAGUGUUCUAAGGUUUUCAUAUUGAAACAGGAGUACGACAAACAUCAGCUGGUUCACCAAACCGUCACCGACAAAUCGGUCAUUUGCGAGCACUGCGCGUCAUCGUUUUUCUCGCAGGAAGCGCUCAAGGAACAUAUCAAAAUUUCACACACCGCGGAGAAAAAGUAUGAGUGCACCAUAUGUAACAAACUGUUUGCCGCUAAGCGCUCACUCAAACGCCAUAAACUAUGCCAUGAGGAGGAAGGUGCUUUUCCCUGUCCGGUCGAGGACUGCAAGGAGUCGUUCAAGACCCCUGCCAGCCUGACUAAGCACAAAAAGAUGGUUCACAGCAUUGGACCGGAUCCCAGUGAAAAGGGAGUAUCAAAAGCCAAGGCAACAGCAGCUGCCAAAGCGGCAGCCAGUGAAAAGCUUCUUCCCGAACCUCCACCGGCUAUUCCUACGGGCAAUCCAGCAGCACUUGGCAUGGGCAAUGUGGCCGGUCCGUCGGUGGCAGUGAAACAUGAACCACGAACGCCUACUGGCAUGCUAGUGCCUCCAUCCCGAACCAGUAGUACAAGUAGUGCGGGAGCCGGAAGUAACCCAAAUGCAAUACCAUACGAUCCGUAUGGCACCGGUAUGCACUACAACAAUGUGAUUGGCCAGGGACAACCGCAGCAACAACACUUUACCGUACAAAAUCCGAACAACGCACUUCAUUAUGGUCCUGCUGGGCGGGCUGCCAGUGAACAAACCAUGACAUACCGAAUUGACCCUACUUCAGCAGCCAAUGCUGGUUACACGUCUGGAGGCUACGGACCGAUGAAUAGUUCGUUCGAGUGGCGUAGUAUGGAGUUACAAAACAGUAUUGACCCAGGAAUGGGUACAUCCGGAACCGUCGGUCCAACCGUCCAAUCGGUGGCCGCGACCAUGAAAGCUAACAAAUAUUAUCCAGUGAUGGAUCCUAGUGGUGCCGCAGGCGGUGGUUUUAUUCAAUCUCAACAAACACAACAGCAUCAAUCACCUCAUCAUCAUCAACAACAGCAACAACUUCAUCCACAGCAUCCCCAUCAUCAGCAGAACCCACAACAACAGCAACAUCAGACUAUACCUGGUGCUAGUGUGAAACAGGAGUCACAGCAGCAACAUCAUCAACAGCAACAACAACAGCAGCAGCAGAUGAUGAUGAACAACCAGGAGUUCAUGGGCUAUCAGGAAAUCUGGAACGCGAAUAUGGUUAAGAUGGAAUACCAAGAAGACGUAAACAACUCGAAUGUAUCAGGAAGCUCGUACAAUAAUAUUGGAAACAUUUUAUCGAAUCUAGAACUGAUAGGCAACAAUAGUAAUUAUGAGCAAAAUUAUGACAUUGUACCACCUGCCACAGCUGGAGACCAGCAACAGCAGCAAACUACUCAGUCUGCAAGUCAGGUGCAGCAGGUUCCUCCCAAGAAUAACUAUCACAAGCAGCAGCAGCAGCAUGUUCACCAGCAGCAACAACAACAGCAACAGCAGCAAUCUUCGAGUAUGUUGAGUGUGGACAACCCGAUGGUCAGCCAACAUCAUCAACAACAGCAACAACAAUAUUUCCAAGAACAUCACCCUCAUGCACCUGGUCAUCAUCCUCAUCAGCAACCCCAUCAUGCAUUACAUCAUCAGCAGCAGCCUCUUCAUCCGGCGCAUCACGGGCAGUUGCACAGUCACCAUGCCCAGCAACAAACGCCCAGUCCACAUCAUCACCCGCCUCAUAUGCAGCAGCUUCAGGGAACCCCACAACAGCAACAACAACAACAGCUGCAGCAUCAGUACAAUGCACAUCUUCCACAUCACCAACAGCAUCCUCACCAUCAUCCGCAUGCUCCUGGACCACCCGGUGCUCACCACGGAACGGCUGGGCCAUCUUCUGCCUCGGGACAUCCCCAUCAGAUAUCGCAACAGCAGCCUCCAGGUAUCAGCUACCCCAAUCAACAUCCACAGCAGCAGCAGCAACAACAACAACAGCAGCAGCAAGCACAACAGCAACAGCAGGAUCACACCCUAACAGACAUAUCGAAAACCAACAAUCUUCAAUUCGUGGACAGCUUUACAGAAUCCAUCGAUUACCUGCAGCAGUCGUUUCAGUACGUGUAGUAAGUAGGUGGAACCAAGUUUUAGCACUCAUUUCACUUGACUCAGACGUCACACACAUUACCAUUAUUAUUGUGUGUGUAGUUGUAGUACAUUCUCGUAUGAUUGUGGUUCAUAUGUGUUGCGAGCCCUUAGAACAAGGCUCGAGAGUCUCAUUAUAUGUUGAGACCUUAUUCCAAGAUUAAGAUUAAGACCCAUUUGUGCUUUUAAUUCUCAGUUCGCACUUAUACUUAAAACUGUCUUCGUCUUCCUAUCUCGGUUGAAUGACGAGAGCUUGAGAGCUUUCUUAGAAUGACGCGACUUGUGCUCUCAAAAACGCGAAUAUAAAACAAGGCGGCCAUCUUUCGAUUCAAACAACUUUGCCCUUAAGAGCACUACAUUUUUCGGAUAAAGUGUUCAGUAUUGAACUUACUAUUAGCAAGAUUGAGAGAGGGCCUGUUUUUUUUUUUUUUU